AUGGGCGAGUCUGCACCCUCUGCAGACGCCGAAUCCUCCGAUGGCCCCUCGAAACCCAGCAAACGACACAUCCCCCCGGACGUCGUCAACAUUACUCCCAUCGGUGACAUCAUUCUUUCCGUAACCUUCGAAACAUCCACCGAGACACUCAGGAAAACCCGCAAGGCAGCCCUCUCUGCCUCCCGCAAAGCCAGCCUCCCCAAUGGCCCAUCCACGCCGCCACAGGUCUUGAAGCCCAAGGUCACCAUCGCAUACCGCGUACAGCUGGACAUGCUCAAGACACACUCCCAGUACUUUGGCAACUUGCUCACAAACCCGCAAUUCCGGGAAGCCAAACUCAUUACCGCUGUCUAUGCCGACUUAGCUGGCAGAAAGAUAAAGACUUCAGAAGCAGAUCCAGCUGAGCUGCCUCAUGUGAAAAUCACAGACGAUGAUGAGGCGACGCAGUCUGCGGGGAGGGAAUCCGUAUUUGAGGACAUGCUUCGCAUCAUCCACCAGGUGCCUAUCAAGACGACUCGCACGGUCAUGUCGUAUGCGACCACGUUGGCGUUGCUAGCAGAUCGAUUCGACUGCCGCGCCCCUGUGUCUCGAGCCCUCAUGGAAAUCAAGUUCAAGUGGCCCCUGACCAACACCCGCCCGUACCUGGAUGAGUCGGGACGUGUGACGGAGACGGAAAAGGUCUUGCGUCAGAAGAUUCUCGUGGCCUGGCUCUUGGGCCAGCCGAUGCGUUUACACCAGGCCAGCAGGGAACUAGUCAUUCGGGGCUCACGGCUCUGGGGCGUAUACGGCGAAGAGGACGAAGCACAGGGCGCAUGGUGGCAUCUCCCGGAAGGCAUAGAAGCCUCCAUUCAGCGCCACUUUCUUACCCUGUACGCUUCUCGUAAUCGCCAGUGCAAGCUGGGGUACGAUUCCAGCACCGCCUGCGACUCGUUCCAGUUUGGUCAGAUGCUGAAAUUUCUCCUGUCAAAGGAUCUGCUGCACCUUGUGGACUUUUCGCCGUCGUCGGUAGACGACGUGCCGGAUACGUCAAUGGUGGAUGUAGACGAGCUGCUGGGGACCUUGAAACAGUGUCCCAAUUACCAGAUUGACAAGCACCACACAAACUGCGGGCUGAGGAUUCGAAUUGAUCCCAUUCUAGACUAUGUUAGGGCCAUGGUAGGUGCGGGCGUGGUGGCAAUUCCGCUGGCAGAUUGGAAGCGAAGGAGGGCAGAUGUUUCGUGGUUGAAUGAGAAGGAGGGCUUGAGGAAUGUCAGAGACGCGGAAGAGGGCUCCAAUGCGUUUGCCUUUACGAGGGCCCUGGCGACCGAUCAGAGGUUGAGAUAUGAGGGCGCUUUAUAUGCAGAUGGGAUGGCGAGGAGGCUGUUCACUGCGGAUACAUGGGACUGGACACCAGAGGCCUAA